CCACCGAUCGACAACUACUGUCUCGGUAUGACGAUGACGGUGGCUGCGAUCCGAUGGUGGUGAUACAAGUGGCACCACGGACAAGGUUAGAGUGGAGAGUAGUAGACCGAUUAGUGGUUUGUGUCCUCCCACGUUGUUGCCGUUCGUUCUCGACUCGAUUUAGUCUAAUUCUCCGCGUGUGCGAACCGUGAACGACGACGCGACAUAAUAUGGGUAGCUGCCUGACAUGCUUUCGGACGGCACCCAAUGCAAAUGCACCAGCCGCCACCGGUGGUCCGUUGGCAGGCCUCGAUGGUACGGUACCGCACGAUCCGACACUAACGUACACGGACACGGAAGCAGUUGCACAUGAAACAGACGAUCUUCUUCCAAACAGUCCGCUCGGUCAUCACAUGGCUCUGACGGAGCGGCGCAGCGGAGGAAGUGUGAAGAAAUCCGGCCUAGGCAGUAUACUGAAUGGCAACAUCGGAAGUGCAGCGACCGGUGGCGGGACGGGUGGCGGAGUAAUGGGACCCGCGGGAGUCCUGCCCGGUGCAGGUGGUACGGUGGAGUGCACAAAUAAUAAUGGCAGCAAGGAGCUGAGUGGGACCGGCUACGGAGGUUUGGGCAGUGGUCAGUUGCUACUGUCGGAUAACGAUUUGAACAAACUGUUCGAAAGCUACAAGGACGCGCAGGACGACGCGAUACUGUCGGAAGGUAUCGAGCGGCUGUGCGGCGAUCUCGGGUUUAAGCCAGACGACUUCGCGAUACUGGUGCUGGCGUGGCGGCUGGAUGCGAGCCAGAUGUGUCAGUUUACGAAGACGGAAUUUAUUCAGGGCCUACAGCGGAUGAAUGCCGCCAGCAUCGAAGACAUACGGAGCCGGCUACAGCAGAUCGUCGAGCGGCUGCGAACCGAGGGAACCGAGGACUUCAAGUCACUGUACCGGUUCACGUUCCGGUUCGGGCUCGAGCCGGGCCACCGGAUACUGUCGCUCGACAUGGCCAUCAGCCUGUGGCGGCUAGUGUUCACCGUGCACACGCCAGACAUUCUGCAGCGCUGGCUAGACUUUCUCGAGCAACACCAGAACAUCCGCGGUGUCCCGAAGGACACGUGGAACAUGUUUCUGAACUUUGUGGAAUCCUGUGAUAUUGAAAACUAUGACGACACCGAGGCGUGGCCCAGUCUGUUUGACGAUUUCGUCGAGUACGAACAGGAACGCACCGGGCAGCUGAAAAAGGACGCCAACGCGGCGGCAAUCGAUUCCGGUGGGGACGGUGAACCGCCACCACCACCAACGCCGGCUUACCAUCAUCCCACCCAGCAGCAGCUACAGGGCUACCAUCAUCAUGGUUCAUAGUAUUGCCAUCGGUCAUUAUCACCAGCAUCAUCGCCAACCACACCAGCAUAGCAUAGUGUGCCACCCUCUUGAGGCCCAUCUCUUUGGGUCCCGGCUGCUUCGACGAUUUCGGACCCAUUCCAAAAAACAACCAGGAAAGAUACAAGUUGCCGGCCGCAACAUCCCUUUUGUUCCGAUGCGCAGUGCAGUCAGUCUGCGUCAAUAGCCAGUUGAUCGUUUCUGCUCACAGACACGGGCAGGCACAGGGUUUGGUUUAUAUUUAUAUCCCUUUUAUCGUCAUGCUGAUCCAUGCCGCGGUCGGUGGCGAUUUUUGUUUCUUCGGUGGAAGCCUUGGGAGCCGGUCACCAAGUGCAACAAGUACAUAAUUAUUUUAUUAUUGUUUAAAGAGAGGAGAAACAGCAGUGUGUGGACAGGCCGGUUUGUCGGUUGCAAUUUAAGGUGAGCUGCGCUGAGCCCGCUUUUCAGUAUCCAUCACGAUCGAGGUCACGAACGUACGAGGUCUAAGGUCUCUUUAUUUAAAGCAUCUUCCUUUCGCUCACGACAGAAAAAGACACCCGGAUGUGCCGGGUUCCAGGCGUUGGGACGGGCGGUAGAGUAAUAGUUACGGAGCACAACAUACGGACGUGUUAUGCUAGCCGCGUGUCGUGCACGGGACGUAUGAUCUGCAACGCUGCACGGUCACUGCCGCUUUUCGGGAUCGCAGCGCUGAUUAGUUCGGUUUCGGUUUUCUAGCGUAAAUGAAUGUUUUUGUGCGGACUAGCUAAUAGCAAAACCUUUGUUGUUGUCCUGGCGCGUGUGGCCGAGAAAAACGCACGUGAAAUAUGAUGUAUGUGGACCAGGGAAGACGACGACGGAUCAUUGUGAUUACCGUGCAUUCGAGUUUAUUUUUAGCUGCAGGGUCCAUUAGGCCACGAUCGCGUUGAGAAAAAUGAAAAGAAGGAAAGCUCAUUGAACCGAUUGAAUGCGUGUCGCUGCUGCAAAGGCGACACCGGCGGAUCGAUAUCAAAACUUAGUGUAAUUAUCGCCCCAAUUAACUUUAAACGGUUUUGAAAUAAACGGAUGCA